UUUUUUUUUAAUUCUAAAAAAAACGGAAAAAAAAACAAUAAAAAACGUGUUUUUUUUGUUUUUAAUUGUUUUUUAUUAGUUUCUCAACGUAAUAUUAACAAUAUCAAUAUUAGGAGUUGUUUGUAAGCCUAAAAAUCACCCAAUAUUUCAAUAUUAUAUCCAAAACAUCUAGAAACUCAGUGUUUGACGUUCCUUUUUAAAAAAUAUUGAAACAUUAAACCCUUACUGCCUUUAUCUAUUAUUUUUUUACGUCGUUGCUUUUGGGGAAUCACCGAAAUUUAGCAGGACGCUCGUAUUCGUUGGCGCUGAGAAAACCGGGGAAUUACCGAUUAGCUUUUGCAGGUGUUCUGUUGUUAUUUUGUGAUUUACUUGCCUUGUGCCGGAAAUAUUUGUGUUUAGUGCUUAUUUAAGUGUGUUUAAAUAAAUUAAUUAUUGUUAAUUAUAUUUUCUGUGUUUUAUGAUAAUAAAUUAUUUGUUACCUACUGUAGUGACAUUAGUGACAAAAACUGAAUGUUUAUAAUGUCUUCGAAUUCGAGUUCUUGUUCUUCGCGGGAAUCACGGGGAAGGAAAAGUUGCAAAGUAAGUUCCCUGUUUAAAAUGCUAAAAACACAGAAAAAAAACUCCUCAAGUAGAGUGUACUUUUUGUACACUUCAACUAUCAAAAAAUGGGACACGUUUGUUGGAACAUAUUAAAAAAUGCCUAAAAUGUCCAGAGGAAGUUAAUAUAAAGUAUGGAGUGACGGAGAGAAAACAACGAAACAUUGGACUAUUACAAACAAUACAUGAAAAAAGGGAGGAAAAAGUUAAAGAAAAACCGAAAUCACAAUCUAAAGAGGUGUCCGCAUUCAUGGAUAAAAUGACACCUGAACAAAAAGUAAAAGCCGAUGAACUGCUUAGCCUUACUAUCUAUUCAAGUCAAGCACCACUGGCUUUAGUAGAAAAUAUACAGUGGCAGAAGUUGUUUAAAUUUCUCAGACCUGCUUAUCAGAUACCAACCCGACACCUUGUAUCAGGCCCACUAUUAGACAGUGAGCACCUACGUGUAAAGGCUAUGGUUUCGGAAAACAUUGCUGGAGCACAUUCUGUUGGACUAAUGGUGGAUGGAUGGUCCAAUAUUAGGAACGAGGCUGUCCUAAACUUUGUUGUAACAACUCCAAAGCCACUCCUUUUUAAAAUUAUGCCCACAGGCACUGCACCUCAUACUGCAGAAUAUAUGGCAAAAACCCUUGGUGCAGUAAUACGUGAAAUCGGUCCCCGAAAGGUAUUUGGUAUAGUCACAGACAAUGCAGCAAACAUGAAAGCUGCUUGGGCCUUGAUUGAAAAUGAUUUUGAUAAUAACAUUUUUACCUAUGGAUGCUUUGCUCAUUCUCUUAAUUUAAUAUUUACCGAUCUCAAAAAUUUAACAAGUCUGAAAACGUUUACUGCCGAGGCUGUUGCCCUUACAAAGGCCAUCCGACAAAGCCACAUAUUAUCUGCGUGGGUAAAGGAAAAACAAAACGAAUUAAAAAUAAGUUGCAGUCUUAAACUCCCAGUGCCUACCAGAUGGGGAUCAUUAGUUCUUUGUCUACAAUCAUUGCUUGCUAACAAACAAAUAAUAAAAAGGAUGGCUAUCAAUGAAGAAGUUGAAAAGGCAGUAAGCAAACACCCAUCUUAAAAA